AUGAAUUCAUUCGUCAACCGUUUAAAUAUUAAUUACGAUAACUGUUGCAGAAAAUCAACUCAUUUUAAUAGAAAGAAUUUAAAUGGCAAGAUUCAUGAAACGAAUAGUCUUGUUUACAUACAUUCGAUUCGAACGAAUCUAUCACCUUGGUCUGUCGAAUUAACACUUGGUUCAGUUUCUUUGUUAGGAACAUAUGGUGUAGUUGAAUGUGUACGAAAUGUAAAUACACGUCAACGUCUCGCACGGAAAACAAUCAAAUUAACUAGUAAACAAGAAGAAGAAAAUGAGUUACCAGCCACAGCUGUGAGAGAGAUCGCUGUUCUCAAAUCGAUUCAUCAUCCAAACAUUAUUUUAUUGAGCCAUGUAGCGUUUGAACCAGUAUAUGGCGGUGGUUGUAAUCAUCUAUGUUUAUAUCUGGAAUAUCUUCCAACGGAUCUCAAGAGAUAUCUAGACGCACUUGGACCUGGCGAAAGAAUCAAUCCAAGAUUGGUUAAAAGUUACAGUUAUCAAUUAUUAAGCGCUAUUGAAUGUCUUCAUCGUCAUCGCAUUCUUCAUCGAGAUUUGAAACCACCGAAUAUUCUUAUUGAUUACGAAGGUCAUUUGAAAUUAGCUGAUUUCGGUUUGGCUCGACAAUGUCAUAUGCCUGAACGAACAUUAACACAUGAAGUAGUGACACUAUGGUAUCGACCUCCUGAAGUCUUGCUGAAUGCGCCUACCUAUGGAACUGCUUUGGAUAUUUGGGGUUUCGGUUGUGUAUUCGCAGAAAUGACACUUCGAGAGCCAUUAUUUCGUGGUGAAUGUGAAAUUGAUCAAUUGUUACUUAUCUUUCGUCUUUUGGGUACACCAACUGUUUUUCAUUGGCCAGAAAUCGCACAAUGUCUCUACUAUCAAACAGGCCUUCCAAAAUUUCCUCUCGAUGAUGUUCAACUGUCUCGUCUUCCAAUAUCUGUUCAAUGUCGUCAAUUUCUUAAGGAUAUUCUGAUUUACAAUCCAAAACAUCGACCAACAGCUCGACAACUUCUUGAAGGACAUGAAUAUCUAGCAGAAGGAGCAAUUCUGACUCAACCAUCAUUAAAAAAUGGCUUAAUGGAACGUCCAAUUCGUUCAGUUAUUGAUCGAGCCAUUCGACAACAAAAUGAAAGUAUGCGUACUGUUCGCUAA